AUGCCACGCGUAAGGGAACUCCUGCUCAUUUCAUACUUCGCGCUGCUGCCCCCCUUGGCUCUCAUUCCCCCUGUGCUCAGAACCAGCUGCAUGCACGUAGGAAGCGACUACCUGCGCGACCUUCUAAAAAUGGGCGUAUUUGAAAAAAACAGCACAAAAAUAAAAAAGGAGGUGUUCGAAAAUAUAAACCGUACGCACGAAACCUACUCGUCAUGUAAAACCUGCAUCAAACUCAUUCAGCUGAUAGGGAAAAUAAUCCAAAAGAAGAAAGAACUAUAUGUAGACAUAGCCAUAGAAGACACACUGGAAACCAACUUGUGUGAUUCCAACCUCUGGCACGAACAUUUCAACUACGACGAAUUGUUGUAUAGUGAACAUGUUCUCGAGUAUUGCAAGCAAACGCUGAACCUCACUAGGGAUAGCAUAGAACAGCAUAUCUACCAGCUUUACAACAACCAGGAAUUAUUUUAUCGCACAGUCUGCUUACCUAUCAACCCACUAUGCAAAACUGCCAUUCAGGAGGAGAAAAGUAACCUCAGCACAGACUCCAAAGUUAAACUGAUAUAUCAACUAUACUGUGACUAUUUAACUGGAGAGGAAAACUAUAGGCAAACGAGCCAAGGAGUGCCAUAUAAAAAAAUCCAAACCGCAGAUGGCUCAAAUUUAACCCUGAAGAGAAGCGACUAUGCCGUUGUCCAAUCCGAAAUUGGGACAAUGCACCAGAAAAAAGUCACCGACGAUUUUGCAGCCAGGAAAUGGAGACUGCUUCGAAUUAGUGAGCUUGAAGACGACGUACUGGAGGUGUUCCUACGGAUGAAACAACAGGACGUCUUUAAGUUUCUGUUUUAUUGCAAAUCAUCUGAAGACCCCAUACUGGAAGUCAAAAUUAUAAUACACCGCGUAUCGGACAAUGUCGAUGCCAUCGUUAAGGGGAGUUACCACCACGAUUUGAUCACAAAUGACAGGCACUUUUUGCUAUACAAGCGGCCCGCUACAUGA